GUUGGCCGACAGAAUGAAACUUAAUGCAAACGGCCCACCCUUAAACAACAUGGACACGGAAUGGAUGACUGAGUGAAUCUAUGUUCUUUAUUUUUAUGUACAAUUGUUUAUGUAGAGAUUGCAACCGUAGAGUGACUUAUCAUGGAAGCGAAAAACUAUAUAGCUAGAUUAAACGAAUUCGCACAAAAAACACGGUCGGACGUGAAAUACGAAGACGUAGGAAGCGUUGGCCCCGACCACAUUAAAACAUUCACCCAGAGAGUUAUUGUGAAUGGUAAAGCGUAUCCUGAGGGCGUGGGCAAGAACAAGAAAGAAGCCAAGCAGAACGCAGCUCAAAAUGCUCUGACGGGCUUGUUGGAAGAAUCCACCGAUAGUACAGAGAAUGUAUCAGAAGUCUUUACUUCCCCAGUUCAGCAGAGAAAUAUCAGUAACAGUAUCAGUAUCAACUACAUAAGUUGGCUGAAUGAGUAUGGUCACAGGAACAGGGUGACUGUAAGAACUGUGGAGUCAACCAAGCUGGGACCACAUAAUAUUACUCAGUACUGUAGUUUUGUGGUUGGUGAUAAGGAGUUCCCAGCUGCUUAUGGAAAUUCAAAAAAGGAAGCUAAGGAAGAAGCAGCAAAGCUUGCAUAUCAAGAGAUCCACAAUAUUAAAACAACAGAGACUGGAGAUGAGAAACACACUGAUGCAUCGAGUCAACAAAAGGAGGAACUGAAGCAAAAUGUGUCAGACCUUUGUAAUAUGACAAAAAAUCUGACCAUAAAGACCGAAAGCGUCAGACAAACCAAUGAGACGAAGGAGAAACAUUUCAUCCAAAUCAUCCACGAGUACUGUCAGAAAGCAAAGCUGCCCCACGAUUACGUCUUUGAGAGGAAAUGCGGCCCACCUCACAGCCCUCAAUUCUUCUAUAAAUUAGUCAUCGAUAAGAAAGACUUGGCUGUGGGCGAGGGUAAGAAUGUGAAGGAGGCCAAGCAAAAUGCAGCUCAGCAGGCCUUGCGUACUCUACAAGCACAGCCAGACUGGGACAGUAAGGCUAUGUCUGAUGAUGAUCCACCAUCCAGUCUGUCUACACCACCAAGCACAUCGGCUUCCCUUGAUAUACAAAUGAAAAACACUCCAAGUGACUUGACCCCUGUAAAGGAUCAGGGUCAGAGUCCUAGUGUUAAGCCAAAAAUAAGACUUGCAGCAAAUUUCAAAAAUCCGGACAACAACAGGAAAGAGGAUGUAAUGCCCAACUUUAGUGACGUGAUUCCAGAGUCUGUCCCAAGUGAGAAAAAAUCUACCCAGUCAGUAACUUCAAGGUUUCUGUUAGAGUUUGACAACAUCGAGUGCCUCGGCAAAGGAGCGUUUGGUCGCGUUUUCAGGGCGAGACAAAAACUGCUUGACAGGUUUUAUGCUGUAAAGAUCGUCCGUUGCAAAGAAAAAGCUCUACAAGAGGUGGGAGCACUGUCAGACCUCCACCACAGCAAUAUUAUCCGAUACUACACAUGUUGGAUGGAGGACAGUCAGUACCAGUGGGACAGUACCACUGAAAGCUUUAGCAGUACCCAGUCAUCUCAUAAUUUAUCUACAAAGUUCCUUUAUAUUCAGAUGGAGCUGUGUGACUCAAAAACACUCAGGGUGUGGAUAGAUGAAAAAAAUACUCAGAAUGUGAAGAAGUCUCUUCGAAGCUCCAAAAGGAGAGAAGAAAGUCUGCAGAUUGCUCAGCAAAUGGUCAGCGGCGUCGAGUAUAUUCACUCCUGCAUGCUCAUCCACAGAGACCUGAAGCCGGCCAACAUCAUGUUUGGACAAAACAGAGAAGUGAAGAUCGGCGACUUUGGCCUGGUCACUGCUGAGAACGAUGCCGAUGCUGAGAACCUGCUGGAGAGAACAGUGUGUAAAGGAACCCCGUCGUACAUGGCCCCUGAGCAGAAAAGCAAGACCACGUAUGAUCGAAAGGUGGACAUAUUUGCUUUGGGCCUCAUAUAUUUUGAACUUUUAUGGAACCUCCCUCUUGGACCUGAAAAGAAAGAAAUUUGGGAGAAUGUCAGGAAGCAGCAAUUUCCUUUGGCAUUUUCUAGCAACUUUACUGAAGAGAAACUAAUUAUAAAGUCAAUGCUGCAUGUGAAGCCAGAAGAGCGACCGGAGGCAAGUAAACUAAAGAUGGACUUGGAGCAGUUCAUUACUGAUCUUAGGCAAAUUAAAAGCAUGUGCAGCGAGAGUAAGAGCGUCUGAACACUAUGAAGAGGACCUUGGUUGACUGAAGCCUCCGAACGUCACAAGCACAAAUAUUUGUUUAAAGCUAUUUUUUAUGUGUGGAAACGUUUUUAUCAUGGACUGAUAUGAAGAGAAUGAAUUGAAUGUGGUACUGCACUGGAAACCGACGGAUGCAACAUAUUUGUACGAUCAUGUCCUUAAUGUGUUGUAAUGUAUGUUUUCAGUAACUGAAUACAUGUGUUUGUAUUGUAAAUAAAGCCUGUAGAUCCAAUGGA